GACCCACCGGAAGCAACGAAAGUUACAAUUCUUGAAAAAGGGUUAAGCGUGGAGUCAUCUUCGUUGUGCAAAAAUUGGCGAAGUCUAAUGGCGACAAGAAGAACACGCAGAUCAGGAGGAGCAACUGUUUCCCCAUUAAAAGGAAAUAAAGAAGAGAGUGUAGAACAAGACAAGAAUGUUGAACAGUCAACAGCAGAGAAUGAGAAAAGUAGUGAUGACACGCAUGGUCCUGAGGCGACGGAGAGCAUUGCUGCAGAGGUGCAGCAGAAGCUAGAUGAGGACAAACAGCCCACAGAGGAGGACAUGCAGCAGGAGGCAUCACAACCAGAAGAAAAUGAUGCAAAGGAGAAUGUAUCUGACAAUACAGCUGCACAGGAAGAAUCUGCUUUAGACGAAGUUAAAGAAGUAGCAGACAAUGAAACAAAUGGCUCUGGCAAAGAAAUCAAAAAGGAAAGUGUUGAGGAAGUCAAAGAGACAAAAGGAAGAAAGAGACCCAGGGAAAAAAAAGAGAGUUUUCGCCCAGAGGAGCCCCACAUCGAACUGAAAGACAUCCCAGCUAUAAAUGAAGAAGAAAUGAGGCGAAAAUGGAAGUGGUCUAUUCGUGUAUUCCCAAUCAGUCCAGAUGAUGCCAUGUACAGUGGUCUUUCAGUGAUGCCAAAGGUACAAGAUUCAAUUGUUAACUUCAGCCGAAGGGAUCCUGACAAGGGGCAGAUGGAGCUGUGCAUGCAGAAUACUGGAGAUGCCAUGAUGAUGAUGGUGCGUGUGUUGCGCACACCUUUCACCAGCCGCUUUAUUACCAUAGAACUUACUAAACGUGCCCAGAGAAGACUUGCAAAGCCCUCAUUUUCAGCUGGGAAUACAGAUUCAUCUGGGCCAGGAGAGCAGUCAGGAGUACCUGCAGAUGAUGAAGAGAAUGAGGAGAAAGAGAAAUUAGAAGAAGCAAAGGAAGAGGAGGACGAUAAGACACUUGAAGAAGAAGAUAAGACAAAACCAGCAGAGGAAUCUAAGGCAAAGAGCAAAAAGGGCAUAGAUGAAAAGCUAGAAGCCGAUCCAACAUUGGCAACAAAAAACAUGCGUGGCACACCUAACUACCCUAAAGUAUGGCCUGACAUUCGUGAACAAGCUCUUUUCAUUGUUGAUCUGAUGCGAGUACAGAAGAUCAGAUUCAUGAAAAAGACCAAAGGCGAACUAAAAAGGAGGUCUGUGUUUGUGGGCACUAUGCCCAAGGGCACUACUGAAGAGCUGUUGAAGGUCAUUUUUCCAAUGGCCAAUGGGAUUCUGAUGAAAAACACCGAUGACUCUGACUGUCGGAAAGCAUUCAUAGAGACUUGCCACAGGUUCAAUGCUAUUGGUUUUAUGCAGUCUUACCCCCUGCUUAGGCUGAAUGGAAAGGAUUUAAAAAUGAACGUAGACUCUUCAGAUCUGGAAGCUUUAGCACAAUUAGAGAAGGAGGAUACAGCAGAGAAGCAUCAGGAAGGUGAUGGAGCAUAUGGAAGGAAAUGAGGCAAAAGAAGGUGAUGGAGAAAGUUCAGAAAAAGGUGAAAGCAAGAAGAAAAACGAAAAAUACAAGAAAGAAGAAGAAGAAAGGAAACGUAAGCAACUAGCAAACAAGAGUAAGAAGAAGCGCAAGCGAGACUAUUUGGAUACUAUGCAACGAGAGUGGAACUCUUUAACUGCACACGGAGGACCUGGCCGACAGGGAGAGAUGAGGGGCCCAUCUAUGCAUGCCUCUAUGGCAAGAGGUGGUAUGGGAGGUUUAAAUAGCCCUGAGAGAAUGAGGCCUGUUGGCCACUUAAUGAGUGCAGCACCUGGUUUGCUGGGCACUGCUCCUGUUGUCCCGAUGGUGGGCCAAAUGGAGGGAAAGAUUGCUCACUUGAUGCGUCUCCAGAAUCAGCUAGAGAUGACCAUUCAAAACCAGAUGAGCUACAUUGAGCGUGCAGAAACCAUGCGUAUGUUUGAUCAGCCUGUAGGUGUGGGUGGGUAUGGAGGGAGUGGAAGCAGAGAUUUUCCUGGAGGUAGUGAAUUUGGUAUCGGGGGGUAAGAGAAUAUGGAGGUCGUAUGGGUGGAGGUGGUGGUAGCAGCAGUGCAGGUAGACAUGGAGGUAGUGGCUUUGGGGGUGGAAAAGGGAGUGGCCAUUUAACAAAUACAAGCAGAGACCGUCAGCGGUCAGGGGGCAACAGAAACAAGCGUGUUGUCGAAUCCAGUGGGAGUCGAAGAGGCAGUGGUGGUGGGGGAGGAGGUUCUAAGAGCAGAUUCAGCAGUGGUGGAAGUCCAAUCUCUAGCCUUGUUACAAGCAAUCCAAGCAAGAGAUUCCGCAGGGACAGCUCAGGUGACAGGUUUGGAAUGAGAGGUAAAGACAACAGCAGAAGCAGUCUGUCGGGAGGUGGGGGCUUUAGCAGCAGUAACUUUGGUGGGAGUAGCUUCAGUAGUGGGGGCAGAAGCUUUGACAGGAGCCAGCAGUCAGACUUGAGCAAAAGUAGUUUCACUAGUGGGGGAUUUGGCAUGGGCAGUGGUUCUAAACAGGAUGGAGGAAAGUUUGGUGGCAGUUCUAGUUGGGGAAGUGGCUAUGGUGGAGCAAAUGAUCUUGUUAGUUCUAGUGGAUAUGGCUCAAGUGGAACUAUGGUUGGAGGAGGCAGCUAUGGUGUUGGAAGCAGCUAUGGAAGUGGAGGAGGCACCUAUGGAAAUGGAGGAGGCAGCUACGGAAGUGGAGGAGGCAGCUACGGAAGUGGAGGGAACUAUGGAAAUAGCAGCUUGGGUGGAUAUGGAGAUAGUAAUUUUGGGAGUGCUGGCAGUGCUGGAGGCUCAAAUUAUGGCAUGGACACCUUUGGUGGAGGACGAUCCUGGAAUACAUCCUACAGUCAAAGUCAAAGUGGCAGUGGUAACUCCUACAGCAACACUGGUGGCUAUGGUGAUGUUUACCACCGAUAUUGAGAUAUUCGCAGAAAGUGUCGAUUCUUGUUCUGCAGAAAUCGCAGGUGUGAACUUUCUCAGUCAUCAUUUGUUUUGGAUAGAGUUUUCUGGAAAGAAAUGUCUUUUUUUUUUUUCUCUCUGCACACCCCUCUUCUCUUUCACAACCAUAGGGUGGAAUAAAAGUGCUUAGCAUAACAGAAGACAGAACUUUACUAAAAUAGACUACAUAUUACAUACUUUUUGUUUUUGUGUUUUGCGUACCACAGUAUCUUUUUAAAAUGUGAUUCAAAGACAGUUUUUAGAAUUGCAGAUUUGUAGUGAUGCACUUUUGAAGCCAACAUGUCUGUAAACAUGUAUUUGUAUUCUGCACUAAUUGUUUUAUUUUCUUUUUAUAGAGUACAACUUUUGUUCUAUUGAAAGGGCAGCAAAUAAUCAUGAGAAAAUAUGAUGCAAUGUUGCAAGUGUUAGUUGUGUGAUUGGUAACAAACUGGCUUUUGGGGUGUAGAUUAUCAAUUGCAAGACAAGAACAAAUUUAAAAAAUAAGGAUGGUAUGUGAAAUAGAAAUCAGUUUUUUAUUUUGAGUGUGACUAGUGGCAUAAGUACUAUCUGCUCUUAAAUGAGAGUGGAUUUUAGUUUGCAGCAAAUUUUAAAACCAGACAAAUCAUAAAAGAGUGCUUCUAUGACCUAAACCAAUGUUUCACUAAGGAGUAUUUGCCUUUGUUUAUUAUGCUAGAUUUUCAUUGACAAAUGUUUUGAGAACAAUGAUUGUCCUUAUUUGGCUUUUUUGUCAUGAAAAAGCUCUACUUGUUCAGGUUAAAUCCACUCACUUGUUUUGCCUGUGCCGUUGUGAACUCUCAGCUUCCGAACUUUUGUUACUGUAUGCAACCUUUUUUCAAAUGAUGUUAACAAGUACCAUUUGUAGAUUGGCUCAUUUACAUUUAAUGCAGUAUAGUGCAACACGUGAUAGGCAGAAUUGUUCAUGACAAUUGUAAGUUUUAGCAUGAAAGAUAGCUAUUUCAGUUUAUCAUGUGUUUUUAUUGUAACUUUUCUCAGUUUUGAUAUGCAUUGUUUACAUGUCCCAAAUGAAAAUAAAAAUGUUUACCAGUA